UUUUGUGUGCUCCAAAUGCAUUAGUAGAAAAACUAAACCUAGGAGUUAUUCUCUACCGUAGCUAAAGGCAGCAGCAGACAUGCAGGCACCACAGAUCAACUGUCUGACCACAGCCAUGACAGAGUACUGCAAGGCAACGAGAAGCAUGGAGCAAGUGGUCAUGUUUCCCAGUCUUCUAAGGGAUGUCCCCAUGGAGAAGCCCCUUAAUCCAGGAAAUGAAUGCAAAGACCUGUAUCAUCUUUACAUCAAGCUAAAGACUGUAAGGAUCAACUUGGAACAUGGAUUGAUACCAGUGGAGGACCAGGAGAUAGAUGCAGACAUAAAGACUAUGACUGAUAUGGACAAUGAAGGCAUGUUCUAUCACCAUUUCAAGGGCCUGUUUUGUAUCCUCGGCCAGCUGGCACAGGAAUCCAAUAUACUGACCAAUAAGUACAAGGAUCUCAUUGGGAUGGUUCAUUAGUGAAGACGGACCAAGUAGAG